AUGUUGAUCACGGAACCCGACGGGCGAAACGGGCACGUCAGCCUUCUCAUUCUAGGAGCCGGCUGGACGUCCACCUUCCUCAUCCCGCUGCUUGAGCGUGAGAAGAUCAAGCACGCCGCCACGACGACAGACGGCCGCGAUGGAACCAUCCCCUUCAAGUUCGAUCCCGGCUCGGACGACCCGUCGCAGUUUGACGCACUGCCCGACGCCAAAACGGUCCUCAUCACGUUCCCGCUGAAGGGCACCGGGCCGGCCGCCCAGCUGGUCAAGAUGUACUCGGCGUCGCAUCAAGGCGGCAACAAGCCCAACUUCAUCCAGCUGGGCGUGACCAGCGUGUGGACGGCGCUCACGUGGCAAGACGAGAACUCGCCCUACGAUCAGCAGAACGCCCGCGCAGUCGCCGAGGACGAGCUCAUGGGGAGUGCGAAGGCUUCCGUGCUCAGUCUCGCCGGACUCUACGGCGCGGCGCGACAGCCCAAAGACUGGGUGGACCGCGUGGUGAAGACCAAAGAGGACCUCAGGAACAAGGGCGCCUUGCACGUCGUCCACGGCGUGGAUGUCGCCAGAGCCAUCGUCGCCCUCCACCGGAACUUCACGCCCGGCAAGCGCUGGCUUCUGUGCGACAUGCACGUCUACGACUGGUGGGACUUGGUGCAGGACUGGGCGAUCCAGACCCUGCACGCCGCCGAGUACGGCCAGCCUGGAAUCGUGUCCGAGGCCAAGGCUAUGCGGCAGAAGGAACUGCUUUCUUGGGUCGGUGAACUGAUGAUGGAGGAAGGCGUACGCGCUCUGCCAAGGGACACGGCGUCCGUCGGCCGCAGGCUGGACGGGAGGGGCUUCUGGCACAAGAUGGGCAUAUGGCCGUCGCAAGGGCGCAUCAGAUAG